GCAGACGUGUCCCCUCUCCCCAUCCGAACUUCGGUAUUCUUCUCUCUCCUCCCUCACUCAUCUCCUCCCUCACUCAUCUCCUACACCUCUCUCUCUCUCAUUGGAACUUGGAAGGUCCUCGGAUGACCUAAAAGGCCUCCUUCCGUGCAGACGUGUAAGUGAUAACUGAUUUAUAUAUAUCCAUUAUAACUGAUUUAUAUAUAUCCAUUAUCUACAUACAUAAACGCUUUUAUCGAUAUCUACAGUUCGCACAACCCUACUUGAGAUCUCGUUUUUCCUCAUUUACACCGCCGAAAAUGUCCGACCUACAUCCCCCGUCAGGUCAGCUCAACAACGGCGGGGCACCGCCGUUGACGGUGGUGGCACCACCAGAUAACGUCGGCACGAAACGGCAGCGUAGACCUAGCGUGCGAUUGGGCGACAUCGGAGACCAGUCCUUCGACUCUCACCCCAAUCGAAAACCUAAGCAGCCGCAGUGGAAGCUUCCGAUCAGUAGAGACCCUAACAAGGGUAGCUCGAGGACCCGACCCGUGACGAACGUGGCCCACGACGAAACCCUAGAAAACCCCGUUUCGAUUGGGGGAUGGAGAGUGAAGGAUUCGAAGUUGAGGCGAGGGUUUAAUAAGAGAGCUAUUAGGUCUAAUUGGGCAUCGAAAAUUGACGAAGGCGGUGGCGGUGAGGAGAGGGAAGAUGUGGAUGAGGGGUUUAGGGAUUUUCAUUUAGAGAGUCCGAUGACAACAGAACAGAGCCCGGUAGAGGUUGACUCGUUGGGUAAUGAUUUAGUUGAGGAAGAUUAUGAUGGUGAUGAAGAUAGAGGAAGGGAUUUCGAGGGGAAUAGGAAGGGGGAUUUUGCUAGGGUUUCGGACGGGGUGGAAUUGGAAGGGCCAUCGGAUUCGGGCGCGAGGAAUUGGAAUAAUAAUAACAAUAGUGGGGAGAGGAAUGGGGUUAGGGUUUGGUUGAAUCAACUAGGGUUAGGAAGGUAUGCCCCGGUUUUCGAGAUACACGAGGUGGACGAUGAGGUUUUGCCAUUGUUGACGCUGGAGGAUUUGAAAGAUAUGGGGAUAAACGCGGUGGGCUCGAGGAGGAAAAUGUAUUGUGCGAUUCAGAAGCUGAGUAAGGGGUUUUCGUAGUGAUGAUAUUUUUGAAGUUUUGGGUGGGGGGUUGAAGUGGAGAGUGAAGUUACUCAGCCAUGGCAAUGAAUGACAGAAUGUCUGAAACUGCUUAUGAGGUUUUAGUGUAAUUUCUCACAACUUUUGUACUCUUGGAAUCUCAGCUUUUUGACCUUCUUGUUGUGUUUUGCACUCUAUGCAUUUUGAUCUUCUUCUGCAGUUACCUAGUAUUUUUUGUUUUGCUGGGCAAUGCAGUUUCCUAGUAGGCUAGUAAUUUGUGAUACUGCUUAAUACUUAAGUUUUAGAAUAUAUCUUGGAAUUGCAUUUCUUUUUGUUUUAGCAAAAAUCCUUAAGUUGUUGAGGUAACAGGAAAACUUAAGUGAGUGGAAGCAAAUGAAUGAUGUUAGUUGUCA